GUCAAGAUUCGGUCUCUCUAGCCACAUGGCUGAAUGGUGAAGAAAAGCGGUAAAUUUGCCUGAUAUUUUAGGUUGUUUACCUUUGGAAGAACGCAGGAAACCUUCGCGGACACAAUCUGAGACUAUCUGCUCUUCGUGUGUGGGGUUCAAGGUUGUUCGUCGGCUGAAGGUUGCCUUGUGGAAUUGUUUGAAAUACGUCGACGUAACAACACGUUCAACUCCGUAUUAUGACUGAAGUCGAAAGCGUUCCUAAGACGAAACUUGAUAUCGUGGAGGGUAAAAAUCAAGUUAACAACAGUUGUGGACAUGAUGAAGAACACGUCAAAGUCGAAAACCAUACUGCUGCAGUAGAAGACAACGAUAUUUCAAGCGAAAACACUUCGCAGAAAGAGGGGAAUCGCAAUGAUCCUAUGGAAGUACCUCCCCCGCCGAAAAAUCCUUGGACAAGACACUUGAAAAGCAAUGGCGAAAAAGGUACGAAAGGAAAAGGUUCCUUUACGUCCACUGGUUUUUUAAACAACUCGUUUUUAGUCCCUGUGUGUAUAUCUCUUUCAGAAGAAGCUGCGAAACCAACUGUUGUGAAAGCCGCUAAACGCAAGGGCAAGGUAAGUGAAACUCAGGGGUAUAGGGUUGGUGGUUAGUUUGCUACAUGCUCGCAAUGGAGCCACAACGCGGGUUAUUCAUUUGCUCAGGUGUUGCUGUCUGUUGAAUUUUAGGGCAGUGAGUUCACGGAUAUCACAAAUUGGCCAACUCCUGGCGAAUCUACGGCUUCCUCUAAGGACGGAAAGGUAACGCAAAUUAUAAUAUCACUACGGCAGGGACGAUAUGUAGAUGUGCAUUUGUGUUUCAUGUUUAGCCUUGUAUAUUUACGACCAACUUGCUUUGUUGAUUUCACUGAACGUUUGUUUUUCAAUCUUUUUUUAUUUUUUUUUUGAAGGCCUCUGUUAACAAGAAAGAAAAUGCUGAAAACGAACUGUCUGGAGACGAUGAAAACCAGAAAACCACGCCGAAGAAAAAAGGUUUUGUGAUCUAAUUACACACGUUUAAAGUGCUCUCUGCAAACAUAAGAACAUUGUCGCUGCGGCCACCAACUAGGAAUGGUUUUGUUUGAAAUAUUAAUGAGCUGUAUCUUUUGGCUGAAGUAGGGCUUUUUCUUUGGGCAUAGAAGUGUUUAAAUUUAUUCCCUUUUCCUACACUUCCCAAAAUAGACUUCACGCGUGUUGUAUUUCGUUUAUAGCUUUCGAUAACAACGGGAGAAAACAACUAAGCCAGCAUAAUCCAAGAAACAUUUUAUCUCGGGAAGAUACUGCUGGGUUUAGUUUGACCUUUAACGCUCGGAAUUUUGUUUAGUUCAAGUUUCGCUCACAAUUUUUGACCAUUUUCUUAUACGAAUUUAAAUAUCGUUUGCCGUACACAUACUUUCAAGUAUUCAUACCCUAUGCUUUCCUAUAUAAACUUUUUUUUCUUUAAUCUGAAUAAAUUGUUUGAAUGCUCUUUUAUUUAUUCCCACCAGAUUCUAAAUGUCUGUGCAUGCUAAUUUUUGUAUACACCACAACAGACUAUUAACAAUUGCAACAGUCUAAGAGAUUAAAAUUUGAAAUUGACUCUCACUAAAACGGUUAUGGUCAAUGAUUUUACAACCUGAUUAGUAUAAUUUUAAUCUAGUUUAGCGUUUUUUGUAUUGUUAUGGCACCAAAUUGCAAUUAUAUUUACCCCAUAUAUUUGUUGCAGUGGUUUGAAAUAGUAACAUCUAAUUCCUACUGUGGUAGCCUAGGUUUUACUUAAAGUAUUUGGUUCCUUUGUACACUGUCCUUUCUUCUUCAACUUUUUGGAAGCCUUUUAUUUCCAGACAGUUUUGUUAUGUGCAUCUGGCAAAUUAUGUGUAGGGAAGAUACAUUUGAAGAGACUAUUCCAAUUAUGAAUUACAUUUGCAUAACAGGAACACCAGUCAGGUGUCAUGUUCACUAUAGCUUUAAAUGCAUCAUAAUGAUUUUUCUUAAGUCUAUGGGAUAAACAAGUCGAUGAAGAAAUCGAGAUGUUGUCAGCAAUUUUUGUGUCUUAUGAAACCAAAACUGGCUUACUGGUUACAAUGAAAAUUAUCUCUAAGGUGUUGUUUAUUACCAAUAUGUUUGGUUAAUUUAAAUCACUAGUCAGGGUGGUUUAUACCACCAAAAUGUUCAGUUGUCCAUGCAAUUAUUUGUUGUCAUGAAAAUUAUUGCAACACUCAAAAUGUGUUAGGUCACAUACUUGUAAAAUGUUUUAAGAGUUAUUUUUUUCACCAGUCCUAAAAAGUGUGUAUGAAAUUAUGAACAAACCAAAUUUGAAGAAUAGUUGUCUUAAGUUAUUCAUAAAGGUUGACAAUGGCAGUAGUUUCAUUAAAAGCUGGUUACUAGCAGUUUACCACUGCUUAUUAGAACUCUUAUCAUUGUCUGUCUGGCUUUAAAGCUGGCUCUUAUGUUUGGGUUUUACCAACUUUUUUCUGGUCACAGCUACCUAUCACAUCAUCAGCCACCCUUUAUUGAAAAAAUUAUUGAAACCCCUACUAAACCCCUAUUACUGCUGAUGCUGCUAUCUUGAAUCCUGCUCAACAACCUUGUGACUCUGGAGGUAUUACACUUUUUUUCUGUAAUUGGUGAUUGGAUGCUCUUUAGAGCUGCAUGGAAAGACACUUUUGACUUGAGAAAGAAUUAUUUUCUUUUUGUUUUCUCUCAUCUUUGUGAACUGUGAGUUGUGGUUUUGCUUCUGUAGCCAGGUUCAUUGAUUAUUUUAAAAUGGCAGCAUCUGUGAUCAAAAGAAAAUUUGAAGACAAUUUUAGAUUGGUCAGGAUACUCCUAAGAAUCAUGAGAUGCAACAAGUAGUAAAUUUGUAUUUACACUUCUUAGUGGUGGGUUAAAAAUUGUAUGGCUUCUGAAGUCUACUUCUCAUGUUAGAAUUCUUUCAUUGUGGUGCUUUGUUGAGCAUCAUUAGCGAAUCUCUCUUUACUCAAAGGUGAUUUUUUGCAGUUUCUCACCAUAAGAUAUUUUGCUGUAAAAUGAAAGAUUUAUGCCAUAUGGUUGAGUAACUGAUCCUUUCUUAAUGGGGCCAUUUAGGAAACUUUUCUCAAACUGAAAGUAGUGCAAAGUGCAGAACAUGGUAAUAACAUGAUUAAUCGUUAAUUCACCACUACAUGUGGUUUUUUCUGUGCUGCUGGUCCAUGAUUUAAGUGUGCUGGUAUAAUCCAACUUUCUAACAGCAGGUCUAUAAUUUCUAAAUCUUAGUCUGAAAGGUUUAAUCUAGUUUUGCCAAAGUUUACUUUCAAUAUGGCAAAACUUUUGUUGUUUGAACAUCUCUAUUGUAGUUUUCAUAGGGUAUUGUACACAUGUUUCUUCUAAAUAUUGCUUUCAAAGUAUAUCUUUCUUUGUAAAUUGACACUUGAUCACAAUGCAAGGAAAAAAUAAUUAAAUAGUUUUUCUUUUCCUUGGUUGCCUAGCUGCCAACAUUGAAGAGUGUCCACUAGUCUCUGCUUCAAUGCAUAUCUAUUGCAAAAUCUUACACACAUUGACAGCUGUUGAUUUUUUUUACCUAAAGAAGUAUUUUAGGAAAUGAAGUUAUUCUUGUUUAGCCUAAGGAAGAAAAACAACUGAAAAGAACUGAGAAUUCAUACUGCAAAGAAAUAUCAUAUGAUGGUUAUGGAUUUCAUUUCACUUUCUUUUGUUUCCCCAUCACUGCUGUUAAAUAAUUAGCUAGUAUCUGUGAUAUUUCUGUACUUGUUAGUGAAACUGUUGGUCAUCAACACAAGACCAACCGCAUAGUUCUUUUUCUUCUUUUUCAUUUUUUUCCAUUGGCAUUUGUUAAAUAUUCUUUAAGACAAAAACAGAAGUAGCAAUCACCAUCUAAAAUAAUCUCAAAUAAUGAAAAAGUAAAAGGUAAAUUUACAGCAAGGAAAUGUUAUGUUUUUCAUGUUAUUAUUCCUGGCAGUAUUAAGACAAUAAUGCAUGUACAUCUUGAAAAACACUUAAGAAGGAAAUGUCCCGUGAUAAAUUUUUACUUUUAAUGUCAAUGAUGCACAGGAAAAUGUGUGGCACUUUUUAAGUUGAAAAGCCAUCUUCUGCUUAUAAUUUUUUCUCUACAAUGAUGACUAAGGCUUAAAAAAAAUCAAACUCAACAAAUUAUUUCCUGUUCUCAUCUGAUGGUUUGUGAACAAUUUUUGUAACACCUUAAUAGUAAACUUAAUAUGCAAUACUCUAGACUUGCUUCUAUUGCUUGGCGUUUAUCCCUUACAGGGUUGCGGGUUGAAUCAUUGACAAUUUUUUUUUUGUAUCUGGCUUCCAGGUGGAAGACAUAAAUGGGUCCCACUGAACUUAGAAGGUGCUGAAAGUGCCUUAGAGAACUCUGCUAAUGAUUCGGGAGUGGAAAAAUCACCCACAUCACCUGAGGCCACCUCACCAACAACUGUUAACCCCAAGGCGACAAAGUCACCCACCACAAGGUUCAGUCCAGGACAUGUGCCAGGCAAUGUGUCUCCUGUGAGGGGUGGCAGAGGGGGACGUGGUGGAGGAAGAGGUGGACGUGGAGGACGAGGACGACGUUCACCCAGAGGUGCUGUGUUUUAGUUUUGCGCUGUGUCCUGUUAUUUGAAUGUAGUGAAACUGAUUGGACAGUGGGUAUUUAAAUAGUGACUAGACAACAAAAGAUUGAUGGUUCAUUCCUACAAACACAACUGCAUGUGGAAGAUCUCUUAAAAUCUAUAAGUGAGAGGAGUUAGGUCAGCAUCUUGCUUUAUUGGAAAAGCAAAUGACUGACACUUGGAACAUGGAAGAUAGAGCUCAUUAUCAGUCUUUAAUUUAUCUUGUAGCCUGAUCAUUCAGGUGAGAGUAGUAGUGACUGAUGCUUCAACAAUCCUUCAGGAAGAUAUCAUCAGCUCGUUAGCAUCACUAUGUCUCUUGUGUUUAAUGGGGUGGACAUGUUAUUACCUCUAGUCCUUGUGAGAGUUAACAGCAGGGCGAGGCAAUGUCUAAAUCUGAAUGGGUAAAUACUAAUGGAUGAGAUUGUGUGUGUGUGUGUUUUUUUUCUUUUAUUAACUCACUAGGAGUUGUUCAGCAGAAUUUCUAAACUGGACUGAUUGUUCAGUAGUCUGAGUGGGUCAAAAAUUUCAUAUCUGGUAGUAGAUUUGAAAUAAAUUAUUGUUUAGCAUUGGCUGAUGUUUUUUUUGUUGUUGUCUUCAGGGGAUGGUAGUCAUCAGCAAAUGCCUUACAACCCAGCAUACCGUCAUCAGUUUGGCUAUCAGAUGUACAAUGGAACAACUUAUUAUGCACAGCCCCAGUAUGCUGCAAAUCAGCCAUACAGCACUAGUUUUUAUUAUAACUCUGGUAACUAUAUGCCUGUCACACCUGCUGCCCCGGCCCCUGCCCCUGCUGCUGCUGCCGCCACUGCUAUAACUUUGGAUGAGAUGACACUCAAAGAAUAUAUUAAGAACCAGAUGUAAGUGUAGUAAUAAAAAAGAGGAGUUGUGUAAAAUCAUGGAUCUUGCAGAUGUGAUGGUGUAUAAUGUUUCACUGAAAUAAUUCUUUCUUAUUUUGUUACAGAGAGUAUUACUUUAGUGAACAGAAUCUUACUAAAGACAUAUUCUUGAGACGCCAGGUAAUAAUUGCCUAUCAAUAAUUGGUCACAUUUAAAGCAAAAAAUUUAAUGUCUUCACAAAAUUAAACUGAUUUUCGAUGUCAAUUCACACUUGCGUAUGUUUAUUUUUCUGUUAUGCUCAGAUGGACUCUGAAGGCUUUAUACCUAUUGGACUUAUUGCAAGCUUUUAUAGGGUUCAGGCCCUCACACAGGAUGUUAAUCUCAUUCUAGAGGUUUGUAAACACAAUGUGCAGGAAUUGAGGGUAGCCUUUGAUGAGAUAUUUUGUCAAAUUACACAAUUUUUCAUAUAUCAUAACAUGAUGUGGGUCCAGGUGAAAGUACCGACCCUUAAACCACAAUUGUAUUCACCUUAAAUGUACUUUAAAGAUAUUUAGUCCCCUUUAACCUUUUUCAGAUAGUUCAUUCAUUAAUUUUCUGGAAAGUGAAUUCUCAUCCCAUCCAUAGCAUUAUGUUUCAUUCAUCUAUUACUGGUCUGGCAUGAUUCAAAGCUUUUUUUUUCUGUUACUUCCCUGAUGUUUUGUUAUACUUUGAAGAGCCACUAAUAGCAAAUAUUUCACAGGCGCUGAGAGGCAGUGAAGCUGUUGAAAUUAUUGAUGGCAAGAUAAGGAAGAAAGAUAACCCUGCUAUAUGGGCCAUCCCUCCAGACCAACCAGUCACAGGUAUUUUAUUUCUUUCACUUAACAUCAGUAAUGAAUUGUGUUUUGUUCGAGAAUAGAUUUAACACUGAGUCAGUUCUUCACUGAAUUUGUUAUUGACCAACUGUUGCAAAUCACAAAGCUCUGUCAAAGGCAUGUGUCCCAAACAUUUUGUUGAUGAUUGUAGGUAUUGGUUACUCUUAAGUUGUUCAGAACUCUUAGGUGGUGGCACCUGGACAUCAGUUUCUAAAAAGAUCACACAUUCGGUGACACUUUUUAUUAACUUUGUGACAUUAAAAUACGGUUAACUUCAUCGCAACAUUGUUAUUAAGGUAGCCACCUAAUCUGUGCAAAUACUGAUGUGAUUUCAGUUGAAAACACCAUUACGCAUGUUUAUGAGCCCAUGCCUUCCUUGAAGCAACAUGUCCCAGCAGGUAACACUCAGUACAAUUUUAAAUUUUCAGCUUUUGGUUGAAUUUGAAUUCAGCGUGAGUGGCAAUGUUUUGCUGUUAAUUACUUUGAAAGCAGCAGCAAAUUCCAGUUGAAUUUGAACCAUUAAAAUUUUUGUAAGGAAAGAGACACACUGUUGUUUACUUAUGUUUGUUUUUCUCCUUUUUUCAUGGAACCAAAAAAUAAUAUAAACAAAUGUAGAAUUAAAGGUUAUCUCCAGAGGUUUCAUGUUUAGAUUUAAAUGUAAAUAUGAAUUGAAAUUUGCAGAGAUUGGGGUGCAGAAUAGCAUGGAGGUACAAAAACAAGAACACACUGAUGGUGGAUUGAACAAUGAGAUUGUAAAACAAGGGCAGAAUGGAUUGGUGUUCAUUAACUCAAACAGUUAUGCAUCUGUCAAAGAGGACAAGCAGUUUGACUCUGAACUGAGAGGUAAAACAUCCAGUAGUUUCCUGUUUGCUAAACUGAGCUACCCCUUGAUGAGUAGCACAAUCACCAUGCCUAUAGGCGGUUGAUUGCAAACUUUCAAUGAUUUCUUCUGUUUUACAUUUUCAUUGAAGCCAAAUCUUUGCUUACAGGUAAAGUUGUUCUUAUUGAUUAUUGUAAAAGCAAAAAAUCAGAAAACCACAUUACUGUCUUCGAAACAAUAUCUGUGAAAGAUGAAAAAUCAAGCCAAUUUUAGUUGUAAUGCAUAACACAAUCUCGGUGGUAAAAUUUUUGAAAUACAUUUUUCAGUGAAAAGAAAGCUCGUUUGAGCAAACAAAUUACACCUAAUGAUAACACACAGUAAACACUACAUUUGAGCAAAACUUUGACAUUUCAAGUUUAUUAAAACGUAUAGAUUCAAGUUUAUUAAAAUGCAUAGAAAAGAUUCAUCAUUCCUAAGUAUCCUUUGUGUAACGCUGGGUUUCAUAAUUUGGAAGUACACCAAGUUGUUGUCUGCAGAUUGACUGAACUGGAAUCUUGUGGGAACAAAAACACAUCAACCAAAUGCUCAUACUUGGUGUUCUAAAAUAGCGAAAAAUCAGUCUAAAGGAUUGACUAUAAACGGAGAAAUAUCAGUGUAAAACAGUCGCUACAGUUUUCUAAAACCUGAUUACGUAAUAUUUUUCAUCGACUUACCUUCUCCUUUGCCACUAUACUUCAAACGCGGCAAAGUCGGGUUUCGAAAUCGAUUGCACUUCAAUGCUCACAAGUUUCUCUUGUCAUUUCCAAGUUUUGGGUCCAUAUCUUUAGAAACGGCCAAAUUAUUCACUUUUGACCAAGUCGCUAUGCUUUUUACCAUGUUGACGCCAUAUUGAGAACUGAGUCUUGCCACAAAUGCCACCAAAAGCGCUAUGAAAUCUGCUGUUUGCUCCGCCAUUUUCGCCUUAUCUUUUCAUCUCUGUCUUGAAAACAGCUUGGUAACCUUUCCUGUUUUGGGGGUUUCUGCAAUGUUAUCAAGGGUCACGGCGUCUUCAAGCUCAAUAAUUUUUCUGAGAUUUAGCAAUCUGUAAAUAUCGCUUCAAGUGCGCUUCACAAGAGUUAUGGUUAACGAAAAGGAAGAAAAGCUUGCGAGGAUCAAAGAGUGGAGGAGGAAAAAGCAGGAAAAGAAUAGGCUAAGGAAUCUAAAAUAUAUUGAAAAGAAUCGCAAAAAGAGAGCUGAAUUUCCAAGAGAAAAAUGGUGAUGUGAUCUUCAAGUUGUAAAAAGAGGCGGAAAGUCAGUUUUUAGAGUGCCAGUUGAUCUCACUGAGAAGAUACUAGCCUCCAUGUAAAACAAAAUGUUAUUAUUUCUACUUUUUACUGUGUCAGUGAACUCGAGAUUGAUUAGUUGUGAAAAAGACCACACCCACAAGGGAUUAUGGGUAAAUACAAAUUUGAAUCAAAUGUGACAAAAAUAAAAUAGUUUGAAAUAAAUCAGUUGUAAUAGUAGAUGCAAGUUUAAAACAAACCUAAAGAAGUGAUUUUGUCCCAAACUAGCAAUUUUCACAUUUUCCAUACAUGUUACAGAAGUGGGUAUGGUGAUUGUGCUACUUAUCAUUGCUCAAGUGCAUUAUGUAGAUGGAGAUUUAUUCUCCAAGAAAGUUCCUAUCACGAAUGUUGCUAUUUAAGAAUUUGCAGGUAGUUUUUUUAAUUGAAGCUCGGAAAUUUGUUUAUUUAGUUGUAGAAACCAACAAGCGUGAUCCUGAAGCUUGGACAGAGGUAAAAAGACGCAAACCGUCUUCAACAAAGUCAGUGGAUACUAAGGUUAGUGGGGUGUGAAACAUUAACAUUCAAUUGUUGUUUGAAUCAGUCAAGGUGUCAAUUUCCUAAAUACAGUUUAAAGUGGAUAAAGAACUGAUGAUUGUGUCAACAAGAUGGCAAUUUGUAAAUAACUUUAAUUUAAAUAAAAUGUAAAGAAGCAUCAAAUUUUGUGUGUUGUUUGUAAGUCUUUGGUUCGUAUCAUGCACAUAGGUUCUUAGUGUAAUAACUAUCUCAAGGAGACAUAUUCCUGGGAAAGAAAUUGCAGCUUUGUGGAUGUCCUACUUAUUAAUUUGGAUUUCAUUCCCAUAGGUGAGCAGUUUCACCAAUGACCAAGAAGAGCUAGACUUUCAGUUUGAUGAAGAACUAGAACACCAAGGCAAACAGCCAACAAUAUGCUCCUCUGAUUGGUAAGUAAUCUCUGGAAGGGCAUUGUUUGUGUCUGGUUGGUAACCAUGUACUUGAUACUUUGUAAAACCUGGCUGCUGACUGAGCUAAAAAAUGAGAGGGUAGCAAACCUCAACUUUGUAAAUUUAUCUUAUAGAGAGAUUUUGUGGCCUUUUUUUAGCAAGAUCCUGGUGAAGAGAGAACAAGAUGAAAUUAAUUGCUAGCUAUAGCCCAACUCCAAAGAUCUGAGUGUUAAUUCACCCCUCUAGUGGCUACACAUUUUAUUUUAAGUUAAUUUCCAAGAUCUAGAGUUGCAUCUUAAUCAAGAUAGCAACUUACACCUGAUAUAGUACUCUCAUCACCUGUUUGCUGAGUAUUGCAUGGAUAUUAUAGGGAGAAGUUGCUUGUCAGUGACUUCUUGGAGUUUAAGGGUUAUAAUAAAGGAACUAUUUAUUUUUUUAUUAGGGAUGAUGAUUCAGAUGACGAAAUUGACGAUCAAGACAUACACAAAAUAAUGAUUGUGACGCAGACCCCACCUCCUAUUAAGAAACAUGACAGGACAGGAAACUAUGUCACCAGAGUAAAAAUGACGCAGGAGCUCUCUAAAGCAAUUAAUGAUGGUCUUUAUUAUUAUGAGCAGGUAUGGCGCAUUUUUACAGUUCAUAGUGGAGGGCUGAACUAAAUUCCAGCUUGCUAUUUGAGAUGGAGUAAAAUUUAGCACUGGAGGAGUUGAUAGUUUUCAUGAUAUUUGAGGAGCACUUUAUAAUUUUCUGAAAUGUUUAAAUAUUUGUGAAUUUGCUUGCAGGAUCUUUGGGAUGAUAGUGAUGACAGUUAUCUAAAUAGAAAGGUAACAUGUUUGUUUUGUUGUAGACAAAAAAAUUCUGUCUGGAAGUUCCCAACUUCCUCAGUUGUUGAAUUGUGCAUCAGAUAAGUUGACUUGAAUGGCACAUUAUUGAAGUUUUUGCCCCUCUUGCUGUCCACAGAUGGUUCUUUCUUCAUCAAUGAAACGCGUAGAACUAGUCAGUCAGGACAAAUUUAACACACAGCGUGAUGCCCUGGAACCUCAAAGAGCUCGUUCAUUCACUGAGGCAGAGUUCCCUCCACCCAGCCCUCCUGUCACAACAGUUCCUCAUGCUACAUUAUCACCUUCAGCUGAAGUGUUCCGUCCAAGAGCAAACACUGCCCCCUCUGAACCUGUGUCUAGGUCUCUUCCAACCACUGUACCCGAGUCUCCUACCCAAGAAAAUCGGCAUGGAUCCCGUACUCCCAAGAGGAAGGAUGUCAAAGUAGCUCCAAGGUUUUUCCCUGCAUUCAGCAAGGAGAAUCUUAGUGACCAGGUGAGUGGAAUCAAAAGCUGAUUUUGAUUUUCUGUUAUAACAGUGGAUGUCUGUGCUAUAUAAAAAUUACAGAUGUUUUCCAUCAGGUUUUGAUACUGAUCAAAAGGAUUUUGUUUCAAAAGAAAAUUUGAAACUGAUUAAAAAAAAAAAAAGGGAAAAAACUUAACUUGUGCAUGUUUAUACAGAGUUUACUGAGAACAAAAGCACAAAGCCAAAUUUAAAAUUUGCAUAUCUUAGUCUUAGACCAGUAUUGAAUUUGUAAAUUGUAUGUUAAGGUUUGGUCUUUACCUUUUUCUAAUAAAGGUGGCUGGAUGAUUUUAUUAUAUUUUUAAUAUUCUUUUGCAACUUGGUUAUCAGGGUCCAAAGAAAAGAAAGACAAAAUACAGUCAGAACCCACCUGUUGAACAGCAUGUUGGUUGGGUUAUGGGAAGCCGGGAUUAUCCGCCACCUAGAAGGUCUGUAAAGCUUCUUAUCUUGCACUCCACAGUGAUAAUUGACCUGCAGCAGGAAUUUGUCUUUUUGGGUUGAUUUUUUGGCAGAAUUUUGAUGAUUUCAAAAUUUUUUAUCAAGGAGGGUGGUUAGGAAAUGCAUAGGUUUUGAACAACAAAUCACACCUGUUGAGCUAUAGUUCUGCUGGCUAAAUCUAUUGUAUUACCAUGUCCUUGUUACCUUUGUGGUCAUGUUCUGCUUAUAGUCCCUUCUUUUGUGUUGCAAGGCAACAUAGUCAGACAAAGUGGAAUAGACUUCUAGUAAAAAUAGAGCAUGUGCUGUACACCUAGUUUUACAGCCACAAGAUGUGUGGAUUUAAUAUCAUUAUAUUUUAAAUUCUCUCUAAGCAAGCUAAUGUUUGUUUGUCUAAUUUGUUUCAGUCCAAGCCUCAGUGUCUCUGAGGGUAUGACUUCUGUGGUUGGAAGUUAUGGGUCAAUGCCGCAGCCAAUACCACGUUUUCAGCACCCUUCACAUGAACUUCUCCAAGAUAAUGGGUUUACUCAACAACGGUACCAUAAAUAUUACAACAAGUGUCUGAAAGGUUUGUCACUCUUUUAAAAAUGGUGAAUUUUUAAUACCACUAUGAUACCAUGCUGACUUCUUACCUUUGCUCUUUCUUACAGAGAGGAAGAAGCUUGGAAUUGGUCAGUCUCAAGAAAUGAACACCUUGUUUAGAUUCUGGUCAUUUUUCCUGAGAUCACAUUUUAAUAGGUGAGAGCAUGGAUUUGGACAGCUUGUGAUUCUCUUGCAUCACUUGUCUUUACAUCAGUAGAUGAAAAUUGAUGUAUGGAAUGCAUUUUUACUUUUCCAGGAGAAUGUAUGAAGAGUUCAAAAUGCUGGCUGUAGAGGAUGCUGCAGCUGGUUAUAGGUAUGAUGUAGAAACUUUGUUUAAUUUAUUUUCAGAAUCGCAGCUUUGUUUUCCUCUUUUUUUUUUUUUUUUUGUUUGGUGUGUUUAUAUCUUAAUGACAGCAACAUUAAUCAACAGUAUGCAAGGAAAAUUUCUAAUGCUCCUUAAUGAAAAUGUUCUUAUCCAGUGACCUUGUGACUUUCUCUUUUGUUAACUAGGAAAUUAAAAAAUUAAGGAAGUUGAUUCAGAGUUUUUUCCCAGUAAUGUUGUAUUAAUCAAUCGCAAAGCUUCAAACCCACAAACUUGUUAUCAUUAAUGGUUCAAAACUGGUGAUAACAUUUGAUCAUGUAAUCUUAACUGUCUAUGGGCACAUUUCUAGAAGGUCCUUGUUGCUUAUCUGGCCUGUAAAGCUGUUUUCAAAACUUUUGAAAAUUAUACAAUGGGGUACCAGAACUGGCUUAUCUGUUCUAUAAAUUUGAUUUUAAGAUAUGGCUAUGGGCUGUUAAGUUAGUGGAACUUUCAGCAAAUGCAUCCCUGAUGAGAGUAGUACCAAGAAUGAGUGUUGUUGGUCGUAGUGACUGGUAUUUCAACAACCUUAGUGAAAAUCAUCAUCAUAGCACUCCUAUGAUCAAAACAUCAGUAAUUACAAGCAACGAUAGUCCUCAGAAUUAUGUGUACUCUUACCAGGACAGUUUACUGCACAAUCUAACUACAUUUACAUUGCUAUUUGUGCUUAACUUUUGUGACACUUGGUUGGUUUGUUCUGUGAAACACAAACGUUCUGAAUUAUUUAUCUCAAUACAUCUCCUUCUAGGUAUGGCCUGGAGUGCCUCUUCAGAUUCUUUAGCUAUGGCCUUGAAAAGAAGUUCAAAGCUGACUUGUUCAAAGAUUUCCAGACAGAAACGUUAAGAGAUCAUGACCAAGGUACGCAAUUUUCAGUUGGUGACUAGGCAGGUGUUUCAUAGUGUUUUAAAAUGAUAAGAAAGUUGAUAAGAUUUGAGUUGAAACAUUGAAUUAAGAAAUUAUUCUCCGUUUUAUCGCAAAUAUGUUAUGAGGAGAAAUUUUGACUCCUAAAUACAAUGGCUUGGCUUGCUAAUGCUAUCUCCUGUUGCUCAGUAGUAAAGCAUUCUGUUGUGAAAUCAUGUCCACAGCACAAAUAACGUCUUCCCAUAUUUCACAGUGAUCUUCUUAAACUUGCACUAUGGUAAAGUCAAAUAACAUAUUUAUUUUUAAUUUACUUUCAGGGAACCUUUAUGGUUUAGAGAAGUUUUGGGCAUUCCUCAAAUAUUACAAAGUGAGUUUGAAGAGUCUUUUUUAUGUUUUUUUUAUGUUUGUCAACUCUAAGUGAAUAUUUCUGUAAUUUGCCGGAGUUGUUUAGACUUGUCUGAAAGUCACUGAAACAGGUCAAGAAAGGAAGUCUUUUGUUGCCUGUCCUUGAUGAUGGAAAAAAAGUGUUGUAAGGAGUUAAGUUUAUGGUUACGCUGCCACUGAUAUAUUUGCUUUUAUUUACAGGGCAAAGCAAGAUUUGAGAUUGACCCAGAUCUGCAAAAACGCCUGGAUAAGUACAAGACAAUAGAUGACUUCAGGAAUGAUGUAAGUAAUGAUACAUCUUAAAAAAAAAGUUUUUAGAGCUUGUCAGUCUGUCCCUUAAGCACUUGUCUAAGUGAAUACUCAUUCUCACAAUUGAAACAAAUCCAGGAAACUUGAUACUUCCCCACAGAGGACAGUCUUUCUCUGUACUAUACAUGUAUUGCAGUAUUGUACUAUGAACUGUACAGGUAGUAGGGUAUAGUCAUUAAUUAAGUCCAGUUGCAUUUCAAUUCUUUAUAGGGGUCAUCAGUAAAAUGUACUGCCUAUACACCCGUAGUACUUAUUGUUAUAAAAAAUUAAACAGCUUAUGGGCUAAUUGUCUUUUCUGUCUGCUGUUUAAUUCUUAUGAUGUUACCUCAGAGAAUUAGGUAUUGGAUUCACUACUAAUCCCCUAAUUAAUGUUUUCCUUAAUUCUCCUCACUUGGCUGCUUGAUAUUGUACUGAUAUUUUUUAGUUUAAUUCUAUCUUGGUCACCCAUGGGAGUGAAAGGGUUAACGAGGUUGUGUAUGCAAGUAUUGUUAUUUGGAGAGAAUUGAUCUUGUUUUCUUUCGCUUUCCCUCAGCCUAUGAAUCAGUUCCCAGUUGAUCCGCACAGCAACAAACCACGGUCACGGCAUAAUUCACACGGUGACAAAUAUGACCAUCCUCCCACCAGUAGCAGGGAAGAGCAGAAAACAACUAUAGAGGAAGAAAAAAGUGGAAAGGAAGAACAAAAGACUGGUAAAGAGGACAAGAAGGGUCAGAAAAGCACUGAGAGUAGUGAUUCGAGAAGGAAGAGUGCAGAACGCAAAGUUGAAAAGCAGAGCUCAUCUGAUGAAAAAGAUAAGAAGACAGCUGCAGCGAGUAAACAUGCUUCUGAAAAUGUAACUUCAGAAUCUGCAGGUGCUAAAGCAGGUCUAGUUAAAGCCACUUCCGGUAAAUCCCCGUCUGGUAAAGCUACUUCUGGAAAAUCAUCUUCCGGGGAAAGAACGAAUGUUAGCAAACGGGAAAGUUCUCAACAAGGAUCUGUAGCCACUGAUAAAGUGGCCGCCUCCUAGGAAGGAGAAACAAACCAUAAAGACUUGAGUAAAGCAAUUGACUUCAUUCUAAUUUAAUACCAUAAAAAAAAAGUUAAAAGAUGAAAACGCUGAAAAAAAAGUACAUGGAAAUAUUACUAGUGGACCGUUAACUGUCACACUUCUGGUUGUGAUUGGUGAGAAGGCACCUCCUGAAUACAAAUGAGUAUCAAGACAACUGCUACUUGAGAAGUGAAGAAGGUGGCAUGUGUUCCAGAUUUCAAGAAAUGGCGUUUGAGAACUUUAGUAGCAGUGCAAUAUUAUCGUGGCAUGUUGUGGACUCAGCCAAGGAUACCAUAGAGGAUCAAUGAUCAACUGAAUCAAAAAAACACAUUAAGAUACUAAAGCAAGAACAAAAAUCUUCCUGGUUAGGAAGGUUGUUUUUGUCCAUGUCAAUCAUUCAACAGAUACCUGCACAAAUUGAAUAUACUCCGUGGAGUCAAUAGUCGGAGUACUUCGGUCAUCCUGGCUCAGAGACGAAGCUGUUAUUUAACAAGAGUAAAAUUGAACUUCAUUUUAAAUUACCUCCUAAGUUCAUGCACUCCUUCGUUCCCAUGGUGAUCAUUCUUCAUUCACUCUCAACUUGGUCAGGUUAGGAGAUGGAGACCUGAUUAUCCAAAGAAAAUAUAUUCUUCGAGCACUGUUAUGACGAUCCCACUAGAGCAGCUGAGGGAUUUCCUCAAACGCUAGAAAACUAUUAAAUUAUUUUUAUCAUUGUCAAGGUGAGUUGAACUGUCGGUGUUGUUAUUAUUUUGGUUGAACAUAGAGAAAAAUUAUUGAAUUAUACAUAGUGUGAAAAUUGCGCAAAAGAAACCACCUUUGAGUAUCAAAUGCUUCAAUUGGGGCAAAGCUUUGUAAUCUCUUCACUAGCUCUCACUUCUAGGCCUUGGCUCUCUUUUUCAUCGUUAGACUUAGUUUGGGAUAGGGUACUUGCAGAUAAUGAAAGACUGGAAAUAUUUCUUUUGCAAGGAAAAACUUCAGGGCACAAGAGUUGUUAAGGUAGCUGUGUUGUUCGAAGGGAUCUGUCAGUUGUAGAAGACUUCAAAGCCUUAGGUUUGACAUAGUGGUUUGCACUGUUGAUGUGACAGAGCUAGGAUUGUGUUCGGUUUGUUAGACAGGUGAGGUGGUAAGUGAAGUGGAAAAAGCGAAAAGUUAAUCUAUAACUUCGAUCCAAGAAUUGAAUGACAUGUUGUGGACCUUUGAAAAAUUUCUUUUACAGAAGAUUAUAUGAAUUCGAAUAAGCUGGCCUUAAGUAUUAAACGGAACCUAUCAGGUGAACAUGUCUGUAAUUAUCGCGAAACUCGGAAUCACUGCUUUAGAGAAUUGAUCAAUUUAUUGAGGUUUGCUAUGUGAUUUUUUUCAUGUGAAAAGCAGAAAUAAUCUGAAGUUAGAUUGCUUCAAAACGUACCUUAGUCGUACCUUGCGAAGGAAUUAUAUUUACUUUGGUAUUAUCAAAUUUUGGUUGCGUGUCUUGGUUCGAAUUUGCGUGUCUUGGAACAUUCUAGUGGCGUUAAGUCGCUUGUGUGACGUUAUAAGGGUGACAGGAAAAAAGGGAAUGACGUAAGGGGUGCGUUUGAAACGCGGUUAGCUUGUUGCAAUAAGGAUAUUUUUUUGUAAGUGAAUCGAGUUGAUAAUCAAGUUCUUUUUCUUCAAACUUUUUAACUGUCUUCUAAAUUAUCUUGCAAUGUCUACCCACUGAAACAAUAUAGCGGUAUGAUUUAGCUGUACAUAGAGAUCUCUAAGUUAUUAUAAUCGCCCAAUAUCUCUUCAGUUAAAAGUUGGAGUUGAACAAAAUAUAGAAGCUUUGGUCACCGGCAGUUUAUAAUUGAAAUUACCUUGCAGUUUACAAUGAUUGUUAAGAUUUCUUUUUGCGACAAGGUAAAUUAAAUUUAUGUUGAUUUUAAAACGAGUUACACCUUCACAAGCAUUCGUGUAGCAUGAGCUCAUGUCUGCAUUUUCAAAGGUGUAAUUCCAGUAGUUUGUAGCAUUAUGAAAUUGAAAGUUGUUUCGCAUUUGAGGACAGAAAUUUGGUCGAUUUGUUGGUUUGGGCAAGAGCAGAGAUUAGUAUAAUUUUGGAAAUUGUAAAAUUUAAAUUUACAAUUGGAAGAGACUUCCUCUUUUGGGCGAAAUUAUUGUUGGCCCGAGUUUUGGGCACUUCUCAGCUCGUGCGCUUUCCUGAUCGGUUAAUCAGUUUGGAGACUUUCGGCCACUCUAUGAGAACUUCCCAAGAGUAUUUUUCUUCCGAUUGUAUUGCGACAACAGCUUAUUGUGUGACAAACUUGAGUAAUUUGAAUUAGGUUAUUUAUCGCGUUUUACCGCCCAACACUUAGAGGAAAAUUUUAAGGGACUGCUAACUUAUUUAGUGACGUAAUUUGUAGCUUCUUUAGACUGUGUGCACCUCUUAGUGGAUCGAAGACCAGCGUGAACAUAGCCUCGUGAUGCAUGUUCAAAGAACCUUGUUACGCAAUGUCCUGGUCUUCGAUUGAACUGGAAAGUUUGGUCGCAGUUAUGGCUCUUUAACUUGCAGUUCUUGGUAUUCACUUAAUUGCGAGGGUUCAUUAUGUUGUAGUAGUGGUAGUUGUACAAAGGUAAUCACCAAAAAAAAUCAAAUAAAUCUAUUUUAAAACAACAUUUCAAGGCUUUGUACCAUUUGAUCUCUUACUAGUACUUUCUUAUUAAAGGAUAUCUGAGUUUUGUUCCAUCUUCUCCCAGUUCGUUUUGGUUUAAUCCAUAAAUUUGAUAAUAUCACCAGUAUUUUG